UGGUCCUAUUGGACUGCGAGGACGACACGAGCCGCGGGCGGGUGGCUACUGGACCAGGCAUGGCCAGCGUGAUAUUUUGCGGCGUUCCACCUGCCGGAGACAGGAUCAAAGGCGAGUCUGCCGUUCGCGCGAGUCUGUUGCUCGAGCCACCACGAAGGUGGAGGAAGGCAUAUUGAAGAACGAAGGGAUGCAAGAGGAGGGGGCUGAGAAGAAGAUGAGGAGCACGGUGGUGUGCGUCACCGGCGGCGCCGGCUACAUCGGGAGCUGGCUCGUCAGGAAGCUCCUAGGCAGAGGCUGCGUCGUCCACGCCACCCUGACGAACCUCGAGGACGACAAGAAGGCCGGGCUGCUGCGGGCGCUCCCCGGCGCGGCGGAGCGGCUGCGGCUGUUCCAGGCGGACAUGUACGACGCCGACACCUUCGAGCCGGCCAUCGCGGGGUGCGAGUUCGUCUUCCUCGUCGCCACGCCGCUGGUGCACGACCCCACCAGCACCAAGCUGCAGGGUUUAAUCAAUCUGCAUAUGCACAUGGUCUUGCAUGCGCAGUACAAGAACACGACGGAGGCGACGGUGGACGCGGCGCGCAUCAUCCUGCGGCAGUGCGAGCGCUCCGGCACGGUGAGGCGCGUCAUCUACACGGCCUCGGUCACGGCCGCCUCGCCGCUGAGGGAGGGCGGCGGCGGGUACAAGGACUUCAUCAACGAAUCCUGCUGGACGCCGCACGCCGCUCGACCUCCCCUACGGGUUCAGCAACGUCCACCUGGACGCAUACGUGUGGUCCAAGACGCUGUCGGAGAAGGAGCUGCUGCGCUACAACGACGACGAGUCCUCCCGCCGGGCGUUCGAGGUGGUCUCGCUGGUGUGCGCGCUCGUCGGCGGCGACACCAUCCAGCCGCACCUUUGGAGCAGCAUCCCGGUGAUGGUGGCGCCGCUGACGGGCCACGCCGCCCACCACAACUCCCUGCUCUUCAUGCAGGCGCUGCUGGGCUCCGUGCCGCUGGCGCACAUGGAGGACGUCUGCGAGGCGCACGCCUUCUGCAUGGACUAGCCGGCCAUGGCCGGCCGCUUCCUCUGCGCCGCCGGGUACCCCAACAUGCGCGACAUCCUCGACCGCUUCGCCGCCAGGUUCCCCGACAUCAAGAUACGGCUCCAACAGGUGACAGGGGAGGGGGUGAGGGUGCGAGCUGACACCAGCAAGCUUGAGGACCUGGGGUUCAGGUACAGGUAUGGCGUGGAGGAGACGCUGGACGGCAGCGUCGAGUGCGCCAAGAGGUUGGGGGAGCUCUAGGCGUUACUACGUUUACAUGCUUGUGCAGAUGCGUGCCAGUUCGGACUCGAUUGCAGCUAUUAUUGCAGCUAUUAUCUCACGGCAUGGUGUGUUUCAGUGUGUUGUAUCCUUCGUGCGUGAAUUUCCAUCGACGACUCCUUGUCCCAAAUCCUAAUUUCUUUUCCCAUGCCAUUUUAAACCCACUUCUUAUUGAGUUGAAACUCAGUACAGAAAA